GGUGUCCACAUACUUUUGGUCAUGUAGUGUAGGUGCUGAAAUAUGGAUAAUGCUGCAUGGUGUGUUGGUUGAUUGGUAUUACAUUUUUGAUAUGAUCACGAUAAUUGAAUGUGUUUGUGCGUGAGGCAUUGGCUGGCCACGUGAGGUAGAUUGUGUGUGUGGGUGUUGUCUGUUGCUUCUUACCUUUCAAUAGUUUUCUGUCUGUAUAUGGAGCUACUUGUGAGCCUUUCAGAGAGAAGCUGUAUAUGUGUGUGUGUGUUGGUGUAUUUGUCCAUGUGUAUGUGGGAGAGAGAUAUCAUAUUUCAUGUCUGUAGUUUGAAUUGAGGAAGUCUCUCAUGUCAGAGCGGCAGCAUCAGUUUCCGCUGUGACUGAGGCUCUAAAGGAGGAAGAGAUUAGCGGAAGGGGAGCACUUCCUUUAAACCAGCCCCUUCGACCGCCCCUUCCUCUCCCUGGUGCUCUCUCCGUCACCUCUCCCCAACAAACACACAGAAGCCUUAGACUGAGGCCUUGGGUAACUCCCCUGGAUAACCAGCCACUGAAGUCUGAAGAGACAGGCUUAGUGCUGAACACUCUCUCUCCUCCACAGAAAGGACAGAGUAGUUUCACCGGCUCAAGCCGAGCCAGCUUCAGGUCAACUGGACCCUGAGGACUAACAUAUGUGCUGGUAGCAGAUCUCUCUGUCUCUUUCCUGGCCUGACAGGGUCACACAGCUCUCAGUACGCUCCUCUCAUGCUGACUGAGAAUGGAUAACGUUCAGAACGGGGUUCAGAUCGGAGACAAAAAGUUCAUCAGCAAGGCAACAGUCCUGUCCCACCUCAAAACCUACAACCUCUAUUAUGAUGGACAGAAUCUGCAGUUGAGACACAGAGAGGAGGAAGGGGAGCUGAUCGUGGAGGGUUUGCUGAAUAUCUCCUGGGGCCUGCGUCGACCUAUUAGAUUGCAGAUGCAGGACGAUCACGAGCGAAUCAGGCCUCCUCCCUCCUCUACCUCCUGGCACUCCGGCUGUGCCCUGGAUAAUGAGAGCAAUGAAGGUACCCAGCAGAUUCCGCCCACAGUAGAAGUGACAGAGCACGAAAGCCAAUCAGAGGACAGCAUUGUGAAGGAGGAUGAGGAAGAAGAGGAAUAUGAGAGCUCCGCCCAGCUGCUGAGGACGAAGAGUGAUGCAGGGGUUCUGAGACGGGGCCAGCGCCGGUCACCUAGUGACCAGAGAAGGUUACGACGACACCGCUUCUCCAUCAAUGGACACUUCUACAAUCACAAGACUGCAGUCUUUACUCCAGCGUAUGGUUCAGUGACUAAUGUGCGGAUCAACAGUUGUAUGACCACGCCUCAGGUGCUGCGAGUGCUACUUAACAAGUUUAAGAUUGAGAACAGCCCAGAUGACUUUGCACUGUAUCUUGUACACACCAGCGGGGAGCGUGUGAAGCUGAAGCGCAGUGACUACCCCCUGGUGCUGCGUGUGCUUCAGGGUCCAUGUGAACAGGUCAGCAGAAUCUUCCUGAUGGAGCAGGACCUGGGAGAGGAAGUCACCUAUGAUGUGGCACAGUAUAUUAAGUUUGAGAUGCCGGUGCUGCAGAGUUUCAUCACCAAGCUGAUGGAGGAAGAGGACCGGGAGGUGCAGAAACUCAGGAGCAGGUAUGCAUAUCUGCGGUGUAUCAUAGAGAAGCAGUUGCAUUGUCUUCCUGAGGGGACCACCUGUAUGUGACCUGGUUCAGGGAGGGACAACCAGAUCUUCACAAAACCUUCCCAAGAUCUCCCAGACCUGUCCAGCUACCCCUCCCCACCCCUGACUCCGUCCCAAGCACAAAACAGGAAUGACCAAGAACCACCCAGAGGAGAGGAACCCAUUCCAACCUCGCCUUAUUAUCUUUCAAGACCUCCGUAGGGACAGUGUACACAUUGUGAAGCAUGCUCUUUCCUGAUUCCUGCUGUUUCUGUCCAUACCAUUUACAGACAGUACAUGCCCACUGGGCACAGAAGUCUGUUCAACUUCUAGUUUUGAUUUACAUCUGAUUGAGUUGUCAACUAACAUGAAUUCAACUUGAAAUCAACAAAAACAAAUGUAUAGGUGGUUGAAAAAAAGACUUAAUGCCCUUACAUUGAUUACUUUUUGCAAAUCCAAUUAGUUUUCCACUGUAAUUCAAAGUCAUCACGUUGAUUUGGGGGGUUGAAAUGAUGUGGAAACAACAUUGAUUCAAUUGGUUUUUGCCACGUGGGUAUCCUCUUUUCUGUCCCAAUCCCUUUCUAACAUACCUGCCCCUAGUGUUAUCUGCAUAACUGUACCUUUUCCGCAAUAAUAAUGGUUUGUGGGGAAGGUAAAGGCUGGCACUUUUCAUAUGGGGUCUGUAUGGAGCAUUGAGCCUGCCCCAUGUUCUAUCAUACCACUCGGAUGCACAAGAAUUUAAAGCACAAAACCAGCUUUCUUAGUUCUUUUGAGCUAGACAGCACUCGAUCUCUCACUCUCUUUCCCUCUAAUUUUCCUUUCAACAAUUUUGCCACCUGCAGAUAACUAAACUUGUCUCACCUUUUACAUCUCUCUCAAAACCAGAACAUACCUCAGACUCAGUGACAUCACACGCUAGAUGAGUUUCUCAGCCAGUCAGUGAGGCAGUUGAAUGACUCCUGUCCUGUGACAGGAUGUGAUGUUGAAACGUGCCUGUCCCCCGUGUGUUGCAGGACUCUCUUUAUGAUCAGCUCUAGUGAGGCUGUAACUGUAAUGUAACUUCAUGAUUGUCCACAGUUAAUCUGAAACCGCCACCUAACCUGUUCUAUUGGAUGUCAAAAACAUGUCAACAUUUCUGUUACCUGUGUGUUAUGCCUCGAUCAGACCGACAGCGUCAUUGCAUCAAUGCUGCGUAAGAAAUUCUGCAGUCAAACUUUUUUCAUUAUGUAAUCCAAUGUGUGCAAGAUGUGUGAGAUGUGUGCAACAAACGUUCAUUCACCUUUUGCUACUAUUUCUGUCAAGUCUACUCAUACAAUUUGAUGCAUACGUUGGAUUUAUCCAACAUCUGCACCACACAGAACACAGAAACUGCCUCUGCAACACAAUGCUGCAAGGCAAAUGCUGCGUUCCAUUGGAAAUGAAUGUACUUCUAGUGUACCAAAACGCAACGACGCUGUCGGUCAGAACUGUUUUUUUCUUCUUUUUUUGUAACCUUUAUUUAACUUGGCAAGUCCGUUAAGAAAGUUAGCUUCGCUUGCCAGGGUUAUAAUCCCAUGGUGUGAUAUGACCUGUGUGUCUACAAACACCUGGAGACUGAAGCACAAAACAGAGAGGACCAGAGUUCCUUAAGAUUGUGAAUUAUGUAGAUGAUGGAUCAACUACAAUAGCUCAAACGAGGGAAUGUUGUGUGUGUGUGUGUGUGUGUGUGUGCACGCAUGUCUAAAGCAGUACUUAGUUGCCUUGUAGAUAUUGAUCUGUGUGUGUGUAUGACUGCAUACAGGACUUUGAGAUGUGGUACAUCAAUUCUGUUACACCUACACUACUGGUCAAACGUUUUAGAACACCUACUCAUUCAAGGGUUUUUCUUAAUUUUUUUACUAUUUUCUACAUUGUAGAAUAAUAGUGAAGACAUUCAUACUAUGAAAUAACACAUGGAAUCAUGUAGUAAAGAAAUGGAAUCAUGUAGUUACCAAAA